UCGUCAACAAUGACUUUAUAAAUUUCGUGUUUGAGCAAAUCAAAAAACCAAGCACACUUCAGCCAGUUGUAAAUUUCAUAUUAAAGAAACUUAAUCAACAAAUAAACAACAUGUCUCGUGGAAGUUCAGCCGGUUUCGAUAGACACAUUACAAUUUUUUCGCCCGAGGGACGCCUAUACCAAGUCGAAUAUGCGUUUAAGGCCAUCACGCAGGAGAACAUCACCUCUGUGGCUCUGAAGAGCGGCGACUGUGCCGUUGUAGCCACCCAGAAAAAGGUGACGGAGAAGAAUAUUGUGCCAGAGACUGUGACACACUUGUUCGGCAUCACCAAGGAAAUUGGUUGCGUUAUGACCGGACGCAUUGCGGACUCGCGCUCGCAGGUGCAAAAGGCACGCUACGAAGCCGCAAACUUUCGUUACAAGUACGGAUACGAGAUGCCUGUGGAUGUGCUCUGCCGUCGCAUUGCCGAUAUCAAUCAGGUGUACACACAGAAUGCCGAGAUGCGUCCGUUGGGCUGCAGCAUGGUGUUGAUUUCGUACGAUGACGAGCUCGGACCGUGCGUCUACAAAACCGAUCCGGCCGGCUAUUAUUGCGGUUUCCGUGCCUGUUCGGUGGGUGCAAAGAUGAUUGAGGCGAACAGCUAUUUGGAGAAGAAGUACAAGAACAAUCUGUCCGAGGAGAAGGCCAUCCAGUUGGCCAUCACUUGUUUGUCGAGCGUGUUGGCCGUUGACUUUAAGCCCAAUGGCAUCGAAAUUGGCGUUGUGAGCAAGUCGAAUCCUCAGUUCCGCAUUCUCGAUGAGAAGGAGAUCGAGGAACAUUUAACCAAAAUCGCUGAGAAGGAUUAAGCGCUAAGCGCUGAGGCCCAUUAAUGUAAUUUCAACUAUUUUAUACAGACCUUUAAAUGGAAUUGUGGAAAACAUAAACCGAAAAAAACAACAA